AUGGCCAUGUGGACGACGUUUACGAAUACAGGAACUUCAGAUCCAAGUCGAGAAUCUGGCUUAGGAAGUGAUUCUGACAACAUGGCUGAAUUGGCGCAGCUGUUACAAGCUGAUAUACCGGAAGGUCGUAACAGUUUGACAGACAGUCAUGUAAAUUUAGAGCGUGUUGCUGAAUACUGUGAAGGAAAUUAUUUUCAAGCUGAGAAUAAACGAUUGGCUUUAGAAGAAACAAAAAACUAUACUACCCAGUCGUUAGCUAGUGUUGCAUAUCAAAUAAACACACUUGCUUAUAACUUUUUACAAUUAUUGGACCUUCAAACCGUUCAACUAUCUGAAAUGGAUAGUCAAAUCAACCACAUUGCUCAAAAUGUAAUGAUUCAUAAAGAAAAAGUUGCUAGACGAGAAAUCGGUGUAUUGACAGCAAAUAAAACAACCAACCGUCAAUAUAAAAUCAUUGCACCUGCUAAUCCAGAAAAGCCUAUUAAAUAUGUUAGAAAACCAAUUGAUUUUACAGCACUUGAUGAUAUUGGCCACGGUGUUCGUAAUACUCCCCGUAUGGUCCGUCAACCAAUUUCCAAUAGUUCUAGUGCUUCAACUAAUAUGUCAUCUGUUGGUCCUGCUCCUACAAUCAAACCACCUACUCCUCCAGCAGUUAUACGAGCAACUGGAUCAUUGAGUAAAGGGUCUCGUGAAUAUCGUACACCUCCCGCCGUUGCUCCACCACAAGUUCCCAGUCAUUAUGCUCCUAAUUAUCCACUAGGCCAUGUCAGACGUGAAAAAGGACCUGGUUAUAAUACUCUUCCUCUGCAUCACACAUCGUCAUCUAGUAGCAUACAACAAUCUCCAAUCAUUGGCAUGGUGCAUCCAAUGCAGCAGACGGAACAACCAUCAUCUUUAAACUCUAUGCCUCCUCCACCGUCUCCUCAUACAUUAAACACAAGAAUGGGAGUUGGACCAGAUUUGUUGGACCAUCAUCUCCAUCAGGCUCCUUUUUCAUCAAAUACUGACCAUUAUCGUUCAAAUACUUCUCAACAGUCAUCUACAGACCAUUAUCGUUCCAAUAUAUCUCAACAAUCUUCUACAGAUCAUUAUCGCUCUAAUACAUCGCAACUAUCAUCUACUGAUCAUUAUCGUUCAAAUUUAUCUCAACAAUCAUCCACCGAUCAUUAUCGUUCAAACAUCCCUCAACAGCCACCUACUGAUCAUUAUCUAGUCACUUCCCCUCAACAGCAACAUACUAGACAAGCAUCAGCUUCUCCGCCAUUACCACCACCUCCAGAAGAUCAUUUUGGUCAUAUUGCUGCUGGCCCAAUUGUACCCCAAGAACCUGAUCUUCCAGGAUGGGUUCCUAAGAAUUAUUUGGAAAAGGUAAUUGCAAUUUAUGAUUAUUAUGCUGAUAAAGACGACGAAUUAAGUUUCCAAGAAAAUUCAGUUAUUUAUGUCUUAAAGAAAAAUGAUGAUGGUUGGUGGGAAGGUGUAAUGGACGGCAUUACAGGCUUAUUCCCAGGAAAUUAUGUCGAAGGCUGUAAAUAA